UUUCCCUUCCAGUAAUGCUGCAGUCCUUCCCAUCCCAUGUGCUGCUAUAUGGGCUGCUCCACUGCUGUAGGGGAGAGCUUAAUCCUGUGGGUGCCCCCACUCCCUGACUCCAGUGCUGCAGUGCAGGGGUUAAUAACCUGGGUGCCCCCUCUCCCUAGAUCCAGUGCUGCAGCCUCCAGCAGAUCCCUCCUCCUGCAGAGUGAUUAGGAGGUUGGGUGGGGGGAGAGAAGGAGGUACAAGAAAUAGCAGCCCCUCCGUGACUCUGGAGCAUCUGCUGGACCCUCCGGCACCACGAAUUCCAGAUAAGGAGCCAGAAUGGCGGCUGAUGAAGGCUACAAGGGGCUGUUUGUCUGAAGUGUAAGCAGUAGUUUCCAGCAGGAGCCUAUAUAGAGAGUGCAGAUGAACUGAGUGGAGCAGAAGAUGAGCUGAAAGGAGACAACUAAAAGAAGGCCACAAAGGUACAAUGUCUGAGUUGGAGCUGCUGCCCAUGCCCUGAAGAUGACAACAUGUAUGUACCUUGCUAAAUGAUGGGAGCAUAAAGCUGCCCCACAUAUGUAGGGCCCCAAGCCUUGCCAUCGCUAUUCAGACUGAGGGCACAACUGUAGCUCCAACUACUCUACAGCUCCAGUUCAGUUACAACGUGUCUGGGAUUCUUUGGGCUUUCAUUUCACCUAAGUUACUAGACCACUGCUACCUCCUUGUCGUGUUGCUAGUCCAGGGGCACAUGGUCACAUUCUGGAAUCAGCCGUUGGACUUGUGGCUACUGAAUACUUAGCCGUUACAUCAUGGCGGCCGGAGUGGCUACCUGGCUUCCCUUUGCUCGUGCAGCAGCGGUGGGAUGGCUUCCUCUAGCAAAGAGGCCUAUGCCCAAACCUCCCAGUGACAAACGCAUGAAAAACGAUGAAAUCCUAGUGGUGAAUGUGAGUGGCAGAAGAUUUCAGACCUGGAAAAACACUCUGGAUCGGUACCCAGACACCCUACUAGGCAGCACUGAGAAAGACUUCUUUUUCAACCAAGAUAGCCAGGAAUAUUUUUUUGACCGCGAUCCAGAGAUGUUCAGGCACAUCCUAAACUUUUACCGCACAGGCAAGCUGCACUAUCCCCGGCAUGAGUGUAUCCAAGCCUUUGAUGAAGAGCUCUCCUUCUAUGGCAUUAUCCCUGAAAUCAUAGGGGACUGUUGCCUAGAAGAAUAUCGAGACCGCAAGAAGGAAAACCUGGAGCGGCUGGCGGAGGACACAGAAGCGGAGACAGCGAGCGAUACCCCGUUGCCCCCUGACAGCACCUUCCGCCAAAGACUCUGGAGGGCUUUUGAAAACCCUCACACCAGCACUAUGGCUCUUGUCUUCUAUUAUGUUACUGGUUUUUUCAUAGCUGUGUCAGUCAUUGCCAAUGUGGUGGAAACAGUGCCCUGCCGCCCACCAGCAGGACGCUUGAAGGAGCUGCCAUGUGGGGAGAAAUAUGAUCUGGCUUUUAUCUGCAUGGAUACGGCCUGCGUCCUUAUCUUCACCUUUGAGUACCUCAUGCGUCUGUUUGCAGCUCCAAGUCGCUGUAAAUUUAUGCGCAGCGUCAUGAGUAUCAUCGAUGUUGUGGCCAUCAUGCCCUUUUACAUUGGUUUGGUAAUGCCAGAGAAUGAGAACGUCAGCGGUGCCUUUGUCACUCUUCGAGUUUUCCGUGUCUUCCGUAUUUUUAAGUUUUCCCGUCACUCCCAGGGACUGCGCAUCCUCGGCUACACGUUGAAGAGCUGCGCCUCCGAGCUUGGCUUUCUGCUAUUUUCCCUCACCAUGGCCAUCAUCAUCUUUGCCACUGUUAUGUUUUAUGCAGAGAAGGGGACAAGCAAGACCAAGUUCACCAGUAUUCCUGCAGCAUUCUGGUAUACCAUCGUCACCAUGACAACCCUAGGGUACGGAGAUAUCGUUCCUGACACUAUAGCAGGGAAGAUAUUUGGAUCUAUCUGUUCACUCAGUGGGGUUCUGGUCAUUGCUCUGCCUGUCCCAGUCAUUGUCUCAAACUUCAGUCGCAUCUACCAUCAGAACCAGAGGGCUGACAAGCGCCGGGCACAACAAAAAAUCCGACUCGCCCGAAUCAGACUGGCAAAAAGCAACACCACAAAUGCCUUCCUGCGCUACAAGGAGAGUGGAGGCCUGGAGGAGGGAACGGAGAGCCACGCUCUAUGUGUGAAAAAUCGUUCAGCAUUUGAACUACAACAUCACCACCUUCUACACUGCCUAGAGAAGACCACAUGCCAUGAGUUUACAGAUGAGCACACAUACAGCGAGGCUCUUAUGACGGAAUCUAUUGGCUACCGGACCAGCCGCAGCACUUCAGUGUCCUCCCAGCAAGGAUUUGGCACAUCAUGCUGCCCGCGCCGUAACAAGCGCCGCGCUAUCCGCCUUGCCAACUCCACAGUAUCUGUCAGCCGAGGCAGCAUGCAGGAGCUGGAAACUCUACAUGUGCACAAGAGUCUCUCCCAAAGUCGUUCGAGCCUAAAUGCCAAAACACACGGGAACAUGAAACUGAAUUGUGAGACGUCGGACCUUACGGCUGCCAUCAUUAGCAUUCCCACUCCCCCGGCCAACAGUCCUGAUGAGAGUCAGCUCUCCUCCCCGAGUUCUGGUGUCCUGAGAAACUCCAGCAUCACAGCCAGAUACUACCAGGAAACAGUCCGCAUCUCCAGCCUGUAGCACCGGAUCCAACACUUAACACACUGUGACCAACAAUCUGCACCACAUUCUUCACAUAUGACACUACUACUACACAAUGACUGCAUCUCUAAAUAGCACAGUACCACAACACUGCCUCCAUACACUACUGAAUAACACAACUGCCUUUACACACCGCUGGUCCCUGUGUAAGUGCAGCACAACAAGCCUUUGUAUGAGUAGCAGAUACUAUAUUAGACCCUGGAGCAGCAUGUACACUGAAGCUCUGCAUGCACACAAUGGGAACAAUGCACGCAUACAUACAAUUAUACACACAGCACUGCAUGCACAAGAAGAAACAAUGUGCACAAGCAGGCUCAUGCCCAUAGCAAAUUGCUGUGAGGAACACCAUACACACAACACAAGCAACAACACUUCAGUGCACACACUGUAACAACAGCAGUAUGUAUACAAAAGACUAAGCAUCCACACACACACACACACACACACACAACCUUUCUAUACACACCAACACACAUGCUGCAAACAGAUACACACACAGUACAUGCACAACAGUGCAAAGUGGAAGGAAAUGCACAAAAAGUAAAGUAACUCUAUGCACAUAUAGGAUUCCUGUAUGCGAUGUGUGUAUCUAUAUACAUAUCACUCGUAUCAGGCAGAAGAUAAUACAGUCAGUAUAACUAAUAUAUAUGGUAAGACAGAUAAAAUGGCAUGGAUUUGUGUGUGUAUAUAUAUAUAUAUAUAUAUAUAUAUAUAUAUAUAUAUAUAUAUGUGUGUGUGUGUCUGCACAAAUGCUGCGUAUAUACACAAGAAUGUAUAUGCAGUCUGUAUAUAGACAAGUGCAUGUAGAACAAUGACUAGAGAAGCAGGCAACACACACAAUGUAAAUGUCAAUGCACAGCACCGUAUACUGUCCAUCCUUCCAGAUAUAUGCAACUACAUGAGAGAGCCUAUGGAUAGAUGACAGGGGAUACACGGGGUACUGGCUGUACCCCACCUCUGUAUAAGAAAUCAGGAGGUGGGGGGGGGGAGACCCUCACAGAGUAGGAGCUUUAGACUCAGGGACACAAAGAAAUGAUGCUUCCUCUAACAUGUGGCUUGUGACAAUGAGAUCCUGGCUAUGGGCAAUACAUGAUGGAUUCUAAUCAGCCCCCCUUAUAGUGUCUAUAAUGGCACUGCUUUGUCUUCUCCAACUACAAGGAGCCGCUGUGUAUAGUGCAGGGCCUGACUGGCUUGUGUGAAUGUUCUGUAUAGAAGUUCUUGUGUAAGCUCCAUGUGCUGCACUCAAUAGGCAUCAAAUAGGAAGUGAAGUGACGAAGCCAUGGGUGACUGUCGUACAAUCAUUGCGGGUCACACCAGUAAUGUACUGAUGGCAGGACAAUGGCUACGGCAGCACCCCAAACAAACAAAGAAACUCUUCUAUGCAUGCUAUGACUUGUGUACCCUCCAGCUGCUUUGUUGGCUGGGCUGGGAGCCGGGUUUUGUAUGUGCACAAGCGAGCGCAGUGUAGUCACAGACACACACACAGCCAUAUUUAGGUGGAUCCAAAGAAGACCUGGUGGCGUUCUAGGUACCAGUGCAAAGUGUUACAUAAAGCAGCGAUGGAUCCUCAUCAUACUCGUCAUGUUCUUAUGUGUAAAGGCACCAGCCCCAUUGUGCAAAUCCCUGUUGAUGAUAAAUCAUUACUUUCCUUGUUCCAUUGCAUCAGUAAGAGCAGCACAAUCUCCGUAUAGCAGCCUCACUAACACUAGGAGACACUGCUAGCUUGCACACAACUGCUGAGUGUACUUAGCCAGGCCUAAUGAGCAGCCAUCCUUGCACACUGUAUCCAUGUCAGCACUCGUAUUACAUGGGUGAGUGCACAUCAACUUCCACUAUACAUACAUACAUACAUACAUACAUACAUACAUACAGGCUUGAUGGCUCCCUUGAUAGCCAACCAGGGAAUUCUAGAAGAUUACAAGACUAGAUAUAGAGGAGCCAGUCCCAAUAGAAUGUACAAUAAAGCUGGCAAUUGUAAGUAGUAAGGCUCUGGGCUGCUAUACAGAGGGUGUCAUGUAGAAGAGAUUAGAGAAGCCAGUAUGGACUGUUCUACCUAUUUACUUUUGUUACACAGAGACAAAUGCAGCACGUGCCACCCAUGCCUCCCACUAGCCUGAAAUGGCUGGGCCACCCUGCUCCCUGACCCAGCCUACAGGAUUAAAUGUUGAAGUGCUGGAGGGCCCUCACCAUUCUCAGGAAGUCACAGAUCCAGUGACACGUCACACACACUCGCAUGUCACACAUGUCACACACGUCACACUCCAUGCUGGUGCCCAGUCCUACAAAUGUCACAUGUUUGUCGUCUUCCAUGCAUGUUUACUAGUGGAUGCUAUCUCCUCAUCAGGAACCUCCCAGAACCCCUUUCUUUUCUUAUUACUGUCCUUUCUUUUGAGGAGAACAGAAACAAGAUUGAAGCAAAAUAAAGAACUCUAGAUCUAUACAAAUGUCUCA